AUGCUUGUCGUGUCCGGCUACCUGCACGACGCUCCGGAGACGCCCACGGCGAUCGAACUCCACGACCCGGCGCCCGUCCUCUGCGCUGGCGGCUGGGGCGUCUGCGCGGCGCUCCGAUCGAGCGGCUCGCUGUUGAUCUGGGAUGGUUCGGGCACCGAAAAUGAACUCGCACGGCCGGCAGGAAUGGUGGCCGGGCUGGCGUGCGCGGCGCUGGGCUGGGACUUCGUGGUGGGCGCCGAUCACGACGGCGGCGUGGUGGCAUGGGGCUGGAACGGAUGCGGCCAGGUGGCGCGUGGGAGCUGGGGUGAUGAGGCCGCGGAAGGCAUGGACUACGCAGAUCGCCCACAAAAGUGGGGAUUGCUGGCUGAGGGUGUGAAGGUUGAGGAGAUUGCGGCAGGGGAAGGCCACGUCCUUGCAUUGGCAGCUGGUGGAAUGGUUUGGUCCUGGGGCUGCGGAGCGAAUGGGCAGCUUGGCACAGGCAGGAGGGACAACACCAGCUGCCCACAGUGCGUCCUGGUGCCAGACGCAAGCAGCCCCCAUGGUUGCCAGCCAUGCAAGCAGGUGGCCUGUGGGAUCCGGCACAGCGUGGCUCUGUUGGCAGAUGGCCAAGUGUCGUGUUGGGGUUGGUCGUUGUACGGCCAGUGCGGCCAAGGCUCCACAUCAGAUGUCCUAUCUCCAACAAUUGUGGCUGACCUAGGUGGACUGAUGGUCACGCACGUUGGAGCAGGCCUUGGGCACACCACUGCGUGCACAGAUGCAGGGGCAGUGUAUGUGUGGGGAACGAAUGGCGAAGGCCAACUUGGGGUGGAAGGCCGCUCAGCCUUCCAUGCGACCCUCCUUGAGAGUCCCGUGUUGGAUUCCGAGGACGUUGUGAAGGUGUGCUGCGGCGCCAGGCACACCGUGGCCCUUACGCGGUCGAAGAGGGCCUACUCGUGGGGCUGGGACGAGUAUGGACAGCUGGGAGCGGGGCGGGGCGCUGAGGGCGGCGUUGACGUUCGACGAGUGAGGGAUGCCGCAGGCCCAAUUACUGACGUCUCGGCUGGGUGGUGGCACACGACCAUGCUGGUUGAAUGA